GUGCGGUACAGUGACCCCGGAAGCGAUCUCUUCCAACACGUGUGUAGGGGGCUCAGCAUGGCCGUGGAGAGCAGCCCCGACAUGGAUACUGCGCAGCAUGCCGUGCAAACUCCGUCCAAGAAAUCACCAAACUUCACCAUCCGGGGGGUGCAGUCUAACCGAGAGUUCCUAGACUUCUUCUGGGACAUAGCCAAGCCGGACCAGGAGAUCAGACUGACCGCUACUGAGAACCUCAUCCAGUACCUGAAGUCCAGCACCAAGGAAGAUGAACUGAAGUACACCUUCAAACGUCUUGUAGAAGGCUUGGCAGCAACCCGUGAGCUUGCACGUCCUGGAUUCAGUUUGGCUCUGGCACAGGUCCUGCAAUGCUUUGAAGACAUCCCACUCUCCACAGUCUUAGAACACAUCCUUGAGAAACAUAACCCUGAGAAAGUAAAAAAGAAAUCUGUGAGAAAUGCUGCGUUUGGGAGUUUUUUUGGUGUCCUUGCCUUGUUCCAGUCAGGUCGUCUCAUCAAGGAUCAUGAUGUUCUCCUACGUUGUGUACAGCUUUUGCAGCGUCUGUCUCUGUACAGAGAACACCUGAAAGACCUACCCAACAAGACAUUAGUGGAUAUUCUGACAGAGAUUCCAGAAUCAACAUUUGAGGAAGUGCUGUUCAGAGAGCUACAGUCUGAUUUGACAUCUGCGUUCAGCACCCCAGAACAGCUGCAUUUACUCCUAGUUGGCAUGCAGAUGUUUCCUGCGGUGCUAAAGCCUAAAAAACUGAAGAGGCUGCUGGGUUCAUCCACCAUUACUACCGUGGAAAACAUUCCUAAGUUGGUAGAGAUGUUGAAAAUGGCUGCUCGGUCGGUGAAGAAGGAGCGCAGCCUGCCAGAUGUAGCGCUGGACUUGAUGCGGAUGUCUGUGAAGGAGAAAGCUUUUGAAUUGUUCUGGAAAGAAGUAGUUGAGAAUAGUUUGCUUAAAGACCAGUCCGGCCCGUGCACUUACAUGUGCUACCGGCUGCUGGGUGCUUCUUUGCCUCUCCUCGACCUAAGCCAGCUGCAGAUUGUCCUCCGGAGUGAAGUCAUGCUACACUAUGGAGCGCAUGUUGUUUCCACUCAGCCUGCUGACCGUUUCAAGUUUUCUCCAGAGAUGGAAUCCUAUAUGGAUGCGUACCUAGCAGAGUGCACAGAUCCUGAGAAGCAGGCAGCAGUGAUGAUUGGAUUUACCUUGCUCACUAACCAGGGAUACCCAGUAGUACCCAGUGUCUGGAAAGUAAUCAGACAUAUGCAGCCUGCUGCUCUGCAAUCAUACAUAGACUGGUUGAAGAACAUGUUCAUCCAGGCAGAUCUGAGUUCUUGUAUGGACUUUAGCACGAAGAGGCAGAAGGAGAAGCAGGACCAGCAGAUAUCAACUGAUUACUUUGUGUUUCGCUUGAGAAAAUGGAUAAUUCCUCGACUUUGCAGCAUCGCUGAGAACAACCUGGUAAAACGCAGUGAGGAACAAGUUAGGGACAUUGCUCGGUUUAUUUUCUUCCAUGCUUUUUUCGAAGCUAAAAUGCCUGUCUCUAAUAUUCCGGAAACAAAGUCAACCCUGUCCGUGCCUCUAGAGGAUAACUUGCGAGCACUAGUGGCAGAUGCCUUUUUCAGUUUGCUCUUUCAUUUGAACUGCAUGUCUGUGAUUGGGGACAGUCCAGCAGAGGCCCCGGCAAAGCAGAGACAAGCGACUGGAGUCACUGCAGAUGGAGUCCUUUGGAUUGAGUAUAUGAUUCAAUAUGCCAACACCUUGCUUUCCCAUGGAAAACUGGUGAAGGCAGUUAUACCCUUCACUAAAGAGCAGAAGGCAUCAUGGGAUCGGAUGCUGCAGCAUGUGGAAAGUUUAAAGAAGAAAGCAAAGAAAUCUGCCACUAUGGAAUCAUCGUCUUAUCAGCAGCUAUUGCUUUUAGUGGGAAUUCACCUCUUUAAGACACCAGAAGAGAGUAUGGAGAUACUGAGUGAUAUUAAGGCCUGUCUGGAAAAAGCUCAGAACAAGAAAGCAAAGAAAAAAACUAAGAAAGAUGAAGAUGACCAGGAGCCAGAAUGGGUUGAGGUUAUGGUGGAGAUCCUUCUGUCACUCUUCUCCCAACCUAGCAGACUUUUCCGACUUGUCGCAAGAAACGUAUUUAAAAAUAUUUGUCCAUAUGUGACAAAGAAUGCUUUGCAAUUGAUCCUAAAUGUUCUUGAUGCCGAAGAAGAUGAUAGUGAGGAUGGUGCUAUUGUAGUAACCGAAGAAAAGGGACAAAAACAAUCCACUGAAAACAAGGAGGAUGAACAGGACAGCGGUUCAGAUGAUGAGAGUGAAGAUGAUGAGGAUGAAGAAGAUGGUAAUAGUGGUGAUGAAGAUGAAGACGCUAAUGAAACUGUUAAUGACGACUUCCGUAUACAGCUCAUGAAAAUUUUGCAGGAUGGCGGUGCUCAGGAGGGACAAGACAGCGAUGAUGACUUGGAUGAUGACGCAAUGAUGGCUUUGGAUAAAAACAUCUCCGCUCUGUUUGCUGAGCAGAAAAAACGUAUCCAGGCCAAGAAGGAUGAGAAGGAGCGGAUUCGCAAGGAGAAGAUUCUACGCAAAGACUUUAAGACUAAGGUGCUGGACCUGGUUGACGUCUUUGUUAAAAAGCAGCCUGAAAGCCCAUUGGUGUUUAACAUCAUCGAGCCUCUGAUUUCUACAAUCACACAAAGUAUGAAUUCUGAGUCCUCCAACCAACAGGAGCGGGAUUACCUUCAGAAAUCAGCAGCAAUUUUCAUGAAUGACCUCUGCAAAUCCAAAAAGUAUUGUAGGGAUGUGUCCGAGUUAAAAGAAGAGCUGCAUGCUAUGAUGGAGCGGCUAUUGAACGGUGCUUGUAAACAAAAUGACUCCUCGGUGGGUUUGUACUACUUCAGCGCCUCCCUUUAUCUUUUCAAAGUACUGAAAAAUAGUACAAAGGGUCAACCAGAGUCAGACGACACAAAGACAUUGUCUCAGGGUGAAUACUUUGGGUGCCUGGAUCUCCCACGGGUGACAGAACUCUAUCAAGAAUCAUUGAAGAGCUUCAUGUCCAAGCGAAAGACCUCCCUCACUGCCGCCAUGUUCAUGGAUCUCUUUCACCGGUACCCAUUUAUGUGCAAGUCAAUGCUGACUAUUGUAUUAACCUCUAUUAAAGAUGGCGCUAGACAACAUCAGCAGUCCCAGGCAUGUGCUCUUCUUCUGAAAGCCCUGCAGACCGCGGACCUGAAGAAGAACAUGUCACCUUCUGAGUGGCAAGAUCUUCUUAAAGAAGCCAUCAACCAGGUUAUUCAGACACUGGAAGCUAUGUCUGAAAUUAAAGUUAAAGUUGACCAGGAGAAACUCAUUAAAUGCUUUGAGUUGCUGAACUUCCUGAUCAAAACUGUGACACAGCAGAAACUGGAGGUCAAUCUCACUGAGCUGCAUCCGGUGCUCCAAUCUGUGAGUCAGAACAAAGGCUUUGGAACGUCAAUCCGGGAGAGAGACAUGUACUGGAAUGUCAUGAAACUUAUUGGAGUUGUGCGUCCCAAGGAACCAAAGCGAAAAGCUGUGGAAGAGGUUGUUGAAAGUAAUAAUCCACCAAAGAAAAAGAAAGGGUUCUUACCAGAGACCAAAAAACGCAAGAAUCGUAAGAAGGCCACCACAGGAGAAUCCACGCCAAGUGCUGCAGAAACCAAGAUCGAGAGUUCAGAAGAUCAAAGCAAAGUCUCCAAUUCGAAGAAAAGGAAGAAGAGGAGAAACAAAAAAAAGAUCUUGCAAAGUGAAGGAACGCAGGAGAACUCUGCUGUGCCUCCCCCAAACAAGAAGGCCAAACCAAAUGGGGAGGCAGUUGCCCCCAAGGCAGACAAGACAAAGAAAAAAAAGGCAAAGAACAAGAACGCCAACUAAUCACUGCAUUAUUGUUUGUAUUUAAUAAGCAUAUUUUAUACAGACAUUGUACAGUGUUUCGUGUGCUUUUAUUAUAUAGGCCGUUCCUAUGUGUUCAGUAUCCACCAUGGAAAAUGUCUGAGGCUCAACCGCCUUGAAAACACGGAUUUCUUUUACUUGCCAAUACAGACUCUGAAAUACAUCCACAAAUCUUACAGAUGGAAAUAUACUGUAGACCUAUCAUGGGGAUGGUAACUGAAAACAGGAAAACUUGGAAUGUAAGAUACUGUAUAGGUUCUAUUUCCAACUUUUAUUGUAAUUUUUUUCUUUCUUUCAAUAAAGCGUUGCAGCUUUUGACUCUGGAAACAUUGGUUUUGAUGGCAUGUAAAGAAAGUGUUUGAAGAAACAUUAAACAGUUUAUUCAUGCACAAUCUGUCAUCGAGUACAUUGCAAAAAAGACGAGAACUUAAAAAAAGAAAAAGGAAAGCAUAAAAUCGGUAUUUCGUAGCAAUUACAAAAAAGGCUUUAACCCCUUAAGGACACAUGACAUGUGUGACAUGUCAUGAUUCCCUUUUAUUCCAGACGUUUGGUCCUUAAGGGGUUAAGCUGAAAUAUUUGACUUCCCUGACCUUAAAGUAGUGCUAUUCAUGUAUACAGGUGUACAGUGUAUGUCUGAAUGAGUCAUUCGAUUUGUUCUAUUUGCAAAGUGUACAUCUGUGCUCACCAUAAAAUACCUUAG